AGAGAGCAAGGUGUUAUUUUCAUCUCAUCAUCUCUUCAACCUCCUUUUCCCUCACUCUCUUCAACACCACCCGCACUUUCUCUCUCCUCCAUUUCAUCAUUUCUGAGCUCGCACUCACUCGUUUUUUCUUCUAUUGCUCAGAAAAAUCCCCUAAUUUCAUCUUCGUUAAUCGAAAAUAGUAUUCAGUAGUGUUGGACUUUCUAGAGCAGCUCCAAUCGAAACCCUAAUAAUUCGAUUUGUUAAUUUUAAUUUAUCGAUUUUUAUUAUGGAUAGUGAUUCUUGGGCUGCUCGUUUGUCGUCUGUUUCUAAGCGUUAUCAAUCUGCUUUUCAAACUCGAUCAGAUGUAUUUAUGGGGUUUGAGGAUAUUAUUGAAGGGGAUGAUGAUAUAAGGGAAGAGUUUCCAUGCCCGUUUUGUGCAGAGUAUUUUGAUAUUGUUGGACUGUGCUGCCACAUUGACGACGAGCAUCCAAUUGAAGCAAAAAAUGGGGUAUGUCCCGUUUGUGCUAUAAGGGUAGGGGUUGACAUGGUUGCACACAUCACAUUGCAGCACGGAAACAUUUUUAAGGUACAGCGCAAGAGGAAAUCACGUAAAAAUGGGUCACAUUCAACACUUUCGUUGUUGAGAAAAGAACUGCAGGAAGGGAACUUACAGUCCCUAUUCGGGGGCCCUUCCUGUUUACUGUCAUCAUCCCAUGCUGCACCUGAUCCUUUGUUGUCAUCUUUUAUAUUGCCUAUGGGUGAUGAUAUUAUGAUUUCUCAGUCUCAGUCAUCAGCUGAUACAUGCUCAGCAAAGAAAGGCAAAGAUGAGAAUGUACGAGAAAGGUAUGUGAAAUCAGCUCCCUUGUCAAUCAAAGAUCAAGAGGAGAGGGCAAGAAGAUCUGAAUUUGUCCAUGGGUUGUUGAUGUCUACCAUUUUCGAGGACACAAUAUGAACAUGUUGUGGGUUGUCGAUUUGAGAAGAGGGCAACUGGGUAAUCAGUUUGUAUCGAAUAUGCAAAAUGUAUCCACGAGUGGAAUAAUAUGUAGGAAUAAAUGUAAUUUAUGAUGGGUGUGUAAUUUAAUUUAGCUCUAGGUUCUAAACGUAAUCAAUCUUAUGUUGAAUUCUUACAAUCUUCGUUAAUUUGAGUACGAGGAAUGAAGAUAAAGAAACUUGUAUU